AUGGGGGCAGGGGGCGCACCUAUCUAUGAAAUGGGCGCCACUCAUCCACCCGUCAUUACUACCCCGGCAAAUUCAGCCACACAUGCUGUGCCGGCCAUAACAUUAAGAGAUUACCACAGUAUUGCAGAAGAUGUGGUCAAUAGAAGAAUGUGUCAACUGGCGGCCGAUCAGGCCCAAAGAUCAUUAGAGAGUGAGCUCAACAAGCCAUAUGAGGCGUGUCACGAUCGAGUUGCAUUCCCCGCAGGCUGGCAUCUGCCGAAGUUCCGUUUGUUUGAUGGAACCGAGGACGCCACUGAGCAUCUCGUCUACUUUGAGUCGGUGUGUGGAGACACCGUGAACAACCCAUCACUCUUGUUGCGCCAGUUCUCAGCUUCCUUAACAGGGGCCACCUUCCACUGGUAUAGCCGUCUACCUGCAGGUUUGGUGCCCAGUUGGGUUUCUAUGAAGGAGCUCUUCAAAUCACACUUCAUCACCAUGAGGAAAGACAUCUUGAUUCUAGAGUUGUCUCAAAUCAAGCAAAGGCGAGAUGAGAGAAUUGAAGACUACAUCAUCCGCUUUAGAGAUAACUAUCUUCGGCUUGCAAGGAAGAUGCACCCGGAAGACGCCAUGCAGAUGUGUACCCAUGGCAUGCUACAACAUUGGUUGCUUGGCGUAUCAAGACGUGACCCCAAAACAUUCAGUUCGCUUGAUGAUGCCAUUAUAGCUACCAACCUUGAAUUUCAGAAAGUACCCCAUAUCAUGGAGAUGUACAAACAUGUUGGCUCCAUUGACAACACAAGACGGUUCGAGUCUUCAAGUAAGCCAGUCGAGAAUGGCAACGAGGGAAAGGCACCUGUUGAAUCAAACACUACAAGUGUCGUUCUAGUCUUCGGCCCAAAGAAUGAGCGGCUAAGACCAACUGUGCAUCCUAAUGUUCGGGGGAUGCUGAAUAAGCAGUACGUCUUCCGAUGGGACCUCAUCAAGAGCCUCUUCGAACAGAUGAACGAGCAAAAUCUUGUGAAUCUUCCUACACCGGCAAGACCCGAGCAGGUUGCCAUGACUGACAACCCUUUGUACUGUCCAUACCAUCAGUACGUAGGACAUGUUAUUGAAGAUUUCAUCGCUUUCAAGGAAUGGUUGCAAAGAGCGGUCGAUGAGGAGAGGUUGGCUCUCAAGCCAGAAGCCAUGAACCCAGAUUACCGUGCCGUUAACAUGGUAACAGUGAAAAUGAUGGUUCAACAUCCAUCCACACAAAUGAAGAAGAAGAGUAUUGGGUGCCAUUCGCCCAAGUAG